AGAAAGAUCAAAACGUUAGGAUGAGCUAUAGGUUAACAAGUCUGAAAGAAGGAAAGAUCACUGAAAAUUUUUACUAACGCCAACAAAAUUUGCAAAGAAUGCCUCGCCAUACUUCGUAGCUGUAUUCUUUUCGCAAAUGCCUUGAUGUUCUAUUUCAUAUCAGAGAAAUACAAUCAUGGGCAACGCUCUUACCACAGCAUCCGUAUCAGCGACCGACGUAAUAGCACCAUUAUCUCAACAAAUGCCGAAACCAGAUUCUCAUAAAAUGAAAGAGCCACCGUUGGAAUGUCCCAUGCACAAAUCAGGUCAAUUUAACACUAUAAACUACAGUAGUGAAUGCCCAAUAGAUAAAAUGGACGAAAGUGAAAUAAAUCCCUUAAAUAUGAUGCCACCGGCAAAUCAGCAACCCUCUCAAGAUCAACCAUUUCCUUUGCCAACCAGUAGGCAGGUUUCAUCGAUACCUAAAGCAACUGGAAAGGAAGGAGAAUUUUGGGUAUAUCCCUCUCAACAAAUGUUCUGGAAUGCUAUGUUGAGAAAAGGGUGGCGAUGGAAAAAUGAUGAUAUCUCCCAGAAAGAUAUGGACGACAUAAUAAAAAUUCACAAUGCCAAUAACGAACAAGCAUGGCAAGAGGUUCUUAAAUGGGAAGCCCUUCAUGCACGAGAGUGUGGUAAUCCCAAGUUGCGCAGUUUCGGAGGGAAAGCAUCAAAAUAUUCUCCACGUGCACGUAUUCGCUAUUGGAUGGGAUAUGAACUACCAUUUGAUCGACAUGAUUGGAUCAUAGAUCGUUGUGGAAAAGACGUAAGAUAUAUUAUUGACUAUUACGAUGGUGGGAAAGUUAACGAAAAGUAUACAUUUGCGUUACUCGACGUGAGACCUGCAAUGGAUUCCUGGGAAAAUAUCUGGGAUCGGAUGAAAGUAGCAUGGUGGCGUUGGAAAUAUCAACCUAAGAAUGAACCAGUAUCUACUGCCACAGUGCAUUAAUUUAGAAAUUAGUGUCAAUAAAAAAACAUGAUAGUUUGAAAAACUUUUACUGAAUUGAUAAUUAAUGCCUUAUAAUUACGCAACAUAUUGGACGCAUUCAGCGAACUUAACAGUUGAGUGAGCGUUCGCUGCUAUUGGUGUAUUUUUUUAAAGUCUCAGAUCUAAAAGGAUACAUCAAUAGCAACGAGCGCUCACUCAACUGUUGAAUCCGUUGAACAAAGCCAUUAUUUAUUGCAU